AUGGACGGUGUGCUGGGUCACCGUCCCUCUGUUAGUGGCGACUCGCGAGACAAUCUGGACACUAUUGCAGCCACGGCCGGAGCGUUUGGUGUUACACUGAAGUCAGUGUCAGUGAUGGAGGGAGAUUCAGUCUCUCUAAACUCUGACACUGAAAUGAAGGAUGAUGAUGUGAUUCAAUGGAGGUUUGGAGAUGAAAACAUAAUAGCUGAAAUCAAUAAACGGUUCGACAGAAUCACUGUAUAUGAUGAUGUUCUUGAUGGGAGAUUCAGAGACAGACUGAAGCUGGACAAUCAAAGUGGAUCUCUGACCAUCACAAACACCACAACUGAACAUGAUGGAUAUUAUGAACGACAGAUCAACAGUGAGAUCAGAGGGAGAUUCAGGCUCUUUGUUUUUGAACUGAAGUCAGUGAUGGAGGGAGAUUCAGUCUCUCUAAACUCUGACACUGAAAUGAAGGAUGAUGAUGUGAUUCAGUGGAGGUUUGGAUAUGGAAACACAUUAAUAGCUGGAAUCAAUAAACAGUUCGACAGAAUCACUGUAUAUGAUGAUGUUCUUGAUGGGAGAUUCAGAGACAGACUGAAGCUGGACAAACAAACUGGAUCUCUGACCAUCACAAACACCACAACUGAACAUGAAGGAUAUUAUAAACUACUGAUCAACCGUGUGAGAAAGAGUUUCAUUCUCGCUGUCACUGAUGAAGUGAAGUCAGUGUCAGUGAUGGAGGGAGAUUCAGUCUCUCUAAACUCUGAUCUCACUGAAAUAAAGGAUGAUGAUGAGAUUCAGUGGAGGUUUGGAGAUAAAAACACUUUAAUAGCAGAAAUCAAUAAACAGUUCGACAGAAUCACUGUAUAUGAUGAUGUUCUUGAUGGGAGAUUCAGAGACAGACUGAAGCUGGACAAUCAAACUGGAUCUCUGACCAUCACACACACCACAACUGAACAUGCUGGAGGUUAUAAACUACUGAAGUUUACAGGAAGAUUUUUCUCAUCAAAAUCAUUCAGAGUUUCUGUCUAUAACUCUGUCCACUGUUGUGGUACUGAAGCUGUGAUCCGAUUGGUCCUCUCUGCUCUGGUGGGCGUGGCUACUGUCAUCAUUCUGGUUUAUGACAUCAGAUCCAGAAGAGCUGAAGGAGAUUAA